UUCACUAUUGUUACAAAUUUGGGCAAUUUCACACGGAAGUAAAAUACGUAAAGAUGGUUGCCUGGCUGGCAUUUGUAGUUUGCUUUCUUUAUUUAUCAAAAGUAAUUGGAUUAGAAACUUCAUGCUGUGAUUCGUACCACCUGCAGAGACAAAACGGAGAUUUAUGGACCUGUGAUAAUUGUCCACCGGGACAUUUUUUCGUUGACGACUGUACAUUCAACGGUGGAAGUGCAAAUUGUUCUGUUUGUCCAACUGGUUAUUUUAUGGCAUCCAGAAAUGUGUUCAGGAGUUGUGCAAAGUGUACAGAAAACUGUCCUUUGAACACGAUUAUCAGUGUAAACUGCAAAUUUACAUCGGAUCUUCAAUGUCGUUGUAAAGAUGACGAUAAAUACCUCGACAAGGAUGCAUGCGCUACAAAAACAAAAUGUGGGAAGGGCUAUGGCGCUAACGGUACCAAAGAUGGAAAUACAAUAUGCGUCGAAUGCCCGGAAGGGACAGUCUCACCUAACAUAUCCUCUGAUGAGAAAUGCAUGCCUGACACGGAUGACUGUGCGCCAAUGCCUUGUAUGAACAACGGAAGCUGUACUGAUUUGGAGGAUGACUUCAAAUGCACUUGUCCCGAAGGAUUUGCCGGUCGAAAUUGUGAAUAUGCCACAGGCUGUGAUACUGGACCAUGUCAAAAUGGAGGACGAUGUAUACCGGAUGGGAUUUUACAUUACUGCCGUUGUCAGGAUGGGUUCAAAGGAAAUAAUUGCGAAGAAAAAGAAACCUUUUACACUGCGGGCAUUAUCGCUAGCAUCGUCUUAGGAGUUCUUUAUGUUCCGACUGUUGUGAUCGCUUCUGUCGCGCUAAAAUGGUCUUUAAGAAGAAAGUGGAAGCCAAGAAAUCCGAAAAAUAAAAACGUUAGUCUUCAAUCCCUCCAUUCAAGACAGCCUGAAAAUGGUCCGGCUCAGGAUACGAACGUUGGUGUCAAUCCGGAAAACGAAAAGAUGCGCAAUAAUACAAGAGAGCCUGGACAAGCUGACCCUGGCGAAGAAACCACAUCACGGAAAAAAAAAUCCAUCCAUCGUUAGCGAUCAAUUGAACUGCACACCCGUUCAGCCUGAAACUACAGUCGCUCUAGGACAGGAACAAGGUCCAACUCUUCCUGCUAGUCAUGAUGAUGCGUCUGGAACUUCAGGUGAUACUCUUGCUGAAUCUUCUCUGAGAGUCGCCGACGUGCGGAACGGGAAUACUCUUGAUCAGCCGUCUCUAUAAAUCGAUGAAGGAGCGAAUGGUACAUUCAAAUCCGUAAAACUGCUCAACAGCACAGACAAGGAACAGAUGUUGCAUUGUGUCGCCUUGUUAUAAAACAGAGACAAAACAACAUUCCAUAUGUUGCACACGUGAACGAAGACGUGUACACGUAUAACAUACUGAGUUAAGACAUCUGUAAAAAUGUCAACAUCAGAUAUAAUAAUACAAGCGAAUGCUUUCAAAGAACAUCUUAAAAGUAUGUUCUUUUCACAGCGAAUAAAAAUCAAAGAGGUCAUGCAUAUUGUCACACUCCAAUGUUAGUGUAUAUAAUUAACAUUCAUCUGCAACCUAAAUAGUUUUAAUUUGUAUUAUAUGGAAUUAUAAUGUAUCAGUUAUCAUUUAUAUAUCAUCACAUUUAGCCUUGUUGAACUACAUAGAGUAAAGACACUAUCACUUUUAUUUCAUACAAUUAUCAUAUAAAUAACAAUGAUAUAAAAUUACGAUUUUAACAUAAUAACUAUUACGUAUCUUGAACAAUAAGCUAUAUAUAUACUAAUGGCCAAAAGUCUUGUCCGGUCUACAAAAAUUACAAUAUCCAAAAGUCUUGUCCGAUCUACAAAAACUACAAUAUCUGUUUUGUUUUAAAUCACAUAUUCAUAAAUUUGGUAUCGAUGGAAAGACGACAUUAAUAUGCAUUCAAUAAAAACGAAGUUUGGAAUUUGAGCCAGUACUGCCAGUACAGCAAUGUAUUGAAAAUGGGCAUUGAAGAUUUGCAAGGCACAAAUGAAACCCAUACCGGACACGACUUUUGGCCAUGAGUAUAUUUAGGUAGAUUGAACAAAUGGUGUAUGUUAAAAUGAAUUGAAAUUUAUGUCAUUCAUAUCAAUCUCUUCGCAAUUGUUUUUUCACCUACAAUUAUAUAGUAAACUGGCUCAAUCAACGAUAGUAAUAGUAGUAUAGUGUAGUUAAUUAGGUGAUUUCAAAUUGGCCCAGUUAUUUGUUCGAGGUCAGCAGUAUUUGCAAAAAGGGCAAAGGCAAAUACUGCUGACCGAGGACAAAUAAACUCAAUAUGAGGUCAAUAUGAACUCAACUUAUUGAUAAAUAUUUUUUUCAAUUUACUAUUACGUGUUGUACGACCUUUUGGUAACAAACAUUCUAAUUGUUUGCCUAAAGUUUAUAUUAAAGCUUAUGCUUUAUUCAUUCAUGAUGUCACUUCUUCUAGACUUGACUUUGCUGAUUUUGACAUUUAUCCUUUAAGUGCGCAAAAUACAGCAAUGUACAGUCUAAGGAAGAAUACUUUUUUGUAUUUAUUUCGUUAAUCAUUUUCCAAAUUUUCACCCUUCCUCGGCCAUCUUCUCAGUUAUCAAAGUUUUAAUUAUCGUAAAAUCCACCAACAGGUUGAAAACAACUAUCAAACCGUACAAAGUGGUUAAAGUAUUUAACAGGCUAGUGAUUUUAAGUAUGUUUUAAACGAGGCACACACUUUUUAAACAGUCGGUAACACGAAAAACAAAAUGGAUGCCUUUUAAAAAAUAUCCAGCAUAUUUUUCAUUUAAGGGCGAGUUUCGACGGCCAAUGAAAAUAUAUGUAGUCCAUUUCUCUAAUCCUGUAUUUGUCGAAUUUUGUAGCCAAACAAAACGGCGGAACAUCAUGUUGGCUGACUUUGGUCGGUAUUGGCCUUGUUUGGCAUACAUUGUAGUCAGUUGUUUUGUAUUUUUCGCAUACAUAUUACAACUACGAUUGUUCCCCAACCGCGGCAAUUACUUUAUAGUGGAUGAAUAAAUUAUACUAUUCUCACAUUUAUGAUGUUUUUUUACUAAACAGACGUUAUAUCAAUGCAAUGUAUCAAUUAAACAUCUAUAAAUAGCUUUGUUAUGCAUGUAUGUGAGUAUUUGACGCCAUUUUGUUACUAUAUUCAUUACAGUACACAUUUAAAGGUGCUAAACCAGCAAUUAAACCCUUUUGAUAUUGUGGUCUCGAAGCUUAAGGUCAAUUUGACCCUCAGCUGAAACUCCAUAUUCGAUCAAUUAAACAUAUAUUUAAAUUUUUAUAGUUUGUUAUUUGAUUUGUACAAAUGUUUUUAUGCAUGUAUGACUUUUUAUCAGUUUACGCCAUUUUGUACUAUAUUUAGCUUCAUAUGUUUUAAUGACAUUCUUGUUAAUAAAUUGUAUAUUAUAUUG